CUCACCGAGAAGUAUGAAGACAACUUCGGCCUCAUGUACGAUUUGAAGGACCAAGGUGGAGAGCUGUUGUCUCUUCGAUAUGACCUUACUGUAUCUUUCCGAGUGCUGGAGCCUGACCUGUUUCUAUCCAGAUUCCUAGGGCUCUCUCCGGCAGAAGGGAGUAGACAACUUGGACAGCACCUUUCAUUUCCCAGUGUCUCCUAGGAAGCAGUUCUGCCUGCAGAGCCUGACCUGAAGGCCCUGUUAUUUAACUUCCGUGCAUAUGGGGACUCUUUCUAGGAAGUUUGCAGAAACACAGAUUAUUGACCCUAGCUCCAGAGACCCUAAAUUCCAUAGCUGGAGUGGUAUUUAUAAAUGUGCAUAUAAGAGAAAAUUAAUGAUCGUGUGUGUAGAUGGUGUUUAUGUGGAGUUAGUUCUCUCCUAACUCCUCUGUGGGUUCUGGGGAUAGAACGCAGAUCGUCAGACUUGUGUAGCAUGCCCCUCCCCCACAGCACCAUCUUGCAAGUGCUAACCCAGAAGUUCUCAGCCCCACAGGGGUCGAAUAUCAGAUAUUCAUGUUACAAUUCGUAACAGUAGCAAAAUUAGUUAUGAAGUAACAAAAUAAUUUUACGGUGUGGGGGGGUCACCACAACAUGAGGAACUGUAUUAAAUGGUUGCAGCAUUAAGAAGGUUGAGAACCACUUCUCUAAACAGAAUCCUGGAAAAUGUGCUUUUCAGAAACAGGAUUUUAAAUUGUAGGCAAAUUCAGUUCUGAAGCUUGACGGCUUUUUAGUUGAUCGGGUAAUGAUCUGAAUGGGAGGAAAUGGACCGGGCCUAAGUGUCUGAGGUCAUUUCUAUUCCUGCCUCUUUUUCUCUGGUCAGCCUUCAGUUUCAGUAAGUGAAAUGCCUUCAUCAACACCAGUACUGCGAGGCUUCAGAGACAGUGGGAAAAGCCUGGACAGGUCCUUGUUUUCACUUAUCUUUCUUCCUCAACUUGUUUACAUAAGGUCCCUUUUGCUCGAUAUCUGGCCAUGAAUAAACUGAAGAAAAUGAAACGAUAUCAGGUUGGAAAGGUGUGGCGGCGAGAGAGCCCAGCCAUAGUCCAGGGCCGCUACCGGGAGUUCUGCCAGUGUGAUUUUGACAUUGCUGGUGAAUUUGACCCUAUGAUCCCUGAUGCAGAAUGUUUGAAGAUCAUGUGUGAAAUCCUAAGUGGAUUGCAACUGGGGGACUUUCUCAUUAAGGUAAAUGACCGGCGGGUUGUAGAUGGGAUGUUUGCUGUCUGUGGUGUUCCUGAGAGCAAGUUCCGUACCAUCUGUACAUCAAUGGACAAACUAGACAAGAUGUCUUGGGAAGAUGUGAGACAUGAGAUGGUGGCACAGAAAGGCCUAACUCCUGAGGUGGCUGAUCGAAUUGGGGCGUACGUCCAGUGUCAUGGGGGGAUUUCCCUAGUAGAGGAAAUGUCCAAGGAUCCCAGACUGUCCCAAAGCCAGCGGGCCCUGCAGGGCUUAGGAGACCUGAAGCUGCUCUUUGACUACCUGACUUUAUUUGGAAUUGCUGAAAAGAUCUCCUUUGACUUAAGUCUGGCCCGGGGCCUAGACUAUUACACAGGGGUGAUCUAUGAAGCGGUGCUCCUGCAGUCUCCGGGUCAGGCUGGAAAGGGGGCUCUGAAUGUGGGUAGUGUGGCUGCUGGUGGACGCUAUGACGGCCUGGUAGCCCAGUUUGAUCCCAAGGGCCAUAACGUGCCCUGUGUGGGGUUGAGCAUUGGAGUAGAGAGAAUCUUCUACCUUGUGGAGCAAAAGAUGAAGGCUUCUGGUAAGAAGGUUCGAACCACAGAGACCCAAGUGUUUGUGGCCACACCCCAGAAGAACUUUCUCCGAGAGCGUUUGAAGCUAAUCGCAGAGCUUUGGGAUGCUGGGAUCAAGGCAGAGAUGCUAUAUAAAAACAAUCCCAAACUGUUAACCCAGCUGCAUUAUUGUGAGAAAAGAGACAUUCCUCUGAUGGUCAUCAUUGGUGAGCAAGAACAGAAUGAAGGUGUCGUCAAGCUCCGUACAGUGGCCAACAGAGAAGAAGUGACUAUUAAUCGAGAAAGUCUUGUGGCUGAAAUUCAGAAGCGACUAUCUGAGUCUUGAUUGUUGCCUAAUUUCCAUCUGCUGUCCUCAGAAGAAAAGCUUUCAUCUAGGACUGAGUUCUGGUGGAUGUUCUACCAGCUGACCAGCAUGGAUGUUGUACAAGUGCCUUCUGCCUCCAUCUGUCCUGGAUACAGAAGUAGACGGGUCCUAAGGACUCAUGGAUUAGCAGCUACUCUGCUUAAGUGCACACUCUAACUGCAAAGGCAGAGCUGAAGGGCCUCUGAAUUCUCUCCAGAAAUGUUAAGAUGUUUCCUGUGAGCAAGGCUCUGGAAGAGUUGCCUCAGGCUAAGACUCUGAGCCAUUGAAAUGAGAAGCUAAAUAUGUACUUCACUUUAACCGUAGCUUGGGAACCAGAGUUCGGAGAAUUUGUCUACAUCGGACUGUGGUUUGUCUGUGGAUUAUUAAAAAGACAGCAAGAAUGGACAGUGAACAGAGAUUAUGUCCCAAGGACCCAGGAGUGCAUCUGUUGAUUCUUCCAGCUAACAUUAGAAGGGUGGGGCUGUUGAAUGAUCUUGGACAUUGAAUUUAAUGGAUGAUCAGUCAGUGACCUGAUCUUUUGAGAUUGUGGACACCAUGCCCUUUGCCACAGUAACUCCUCUGGAUGACUCCAUAUCCUGCUCUGGAGGUUGUUCUAGGAGUGGCUAUAUAGUAUGCUACAUUUCAAAAAUGUACUAGUGGGCUGGAGAGAUGGCUUAUUGGUUAAGGGUGCAUAUUGCUUUUGCAGAGGACCUGAGUUCAGUUCUCAACACCCACACCAGAGUGAUUACAGCUGCCUGUAAUUCCAGUUCCAGGGGGUGUGAGGCCCUCUUCUCAGCUCCAUAGACAUCUGCACUUAAUGUACACAUACACACAGACCCAUACACAUGACUAAGAAUAAAAUAAUUUUAAAAAAA